AUGGAGGAUGAGUUGGCUGAGGAAGUGGCAAGAAAAGCACCCAAAGAAAGGGCCGAGUUGGCAGCUGAGCUUGGCAUUCAUGUCGGGAACUUGAGCCUCGCCAUUCAGAGUUUGGGAGGUGAUGAGGAAGCCGAGGAUGAAGCCGAUCGUGAGGAUGUGGUGGGAGCACCGGAAGCUACCGAAGCUGAAGAAAGUGAUUCAGAUAGUGAAGAGAACCGACGAAGAAGGGAAGCUCGCACAAAGAGAGAGUAUGAUGCCAUGGCACAUGAGGAGCGCGUUAUCGCCUUGCUUCGCCAGCAGAACCGCUUGAUCGAGGAGGGUUUCGCCUAUAUGAAGACGCAGUUCGUUGCCAUGUAUCAGAGGCUAGACCAGGUUGAGGCCAGUUCGAGCCGCAGAGACGAAGAUGAGGAGGAGUCUGAGGAGGCCGAGGAGUCUGAAGAGGCCGAAGAGUCGGAGAGUGAGGAGUUCUAG